UAUUUUUACAGCUGCAAUAAAUGCCAAUGAUGACAAUCGGCAGCAACAGCAGCAUGUUCCACAGCAACAACAUGUAGCCACCGGCGUGCAGCAACCCCAACAGCCUCAACAACAGCAGCAGCAACAACAGUUACUGCAACGAGAAAAUAUAAAAGAGGAGAAACCCUUUUUAGAUAACGGAAAGUUAAAUCAAUCAAUUGUUAUGCAACACGUAAGCGCUUCGGCGUCGUCCGCGUCGACGACGAGCGGUGCCACCACUAUUACUUUGGGUGCACCGAAAACCGAAGUAAAAGAGGACGUUGGAAUGGGCAAACCGCCGUCGGGCAUUGAAAUGUAUAAAGUUAACAUUGAGGAUAUCUCGCAGCUUUUCACCUACCACGAAGUGUUUGGUAAAAUUCAUGGUGACGUAAUGAAUCAGCAGUUGGCUGCACACGCAGUACCCAACGCUGCUCAGCCACCACCACACGGCAAUGCAAGCAAUAAUGCUGCUGUUGCUGCCGUAGUUGCCAGUGCUAAUGCUGCUGCUGCAGCAGCAGCGGCGGCUGCGGCUGCCGCAAAUACAACAAGUGGUGUGGUGGCACCCACAACAACGACCAAUCUAACGACGGCAAUCAGCACAAGUGGUACAACGACUGCACCAGCCACCGCUGUAACAGCAACACCCACGGUGACCGGUGAACUGCUGAUGCCAAAAAUGGAGGGCGGUCUGCCGGUUGUGGAUCAGGCGACAACAAUCACACUCGCACCUGAUGGCACACCAAUCGCUACAGGCACGCAUGUUUGCGAUAUUUGCGGCAAAAUAUUUCAAUUUCGCUAUCAAUUGAUUGUACAUCGACGCUAUCACAGUGAACGUAAACCAUUCAAUUGUCAGGUGUGUGGGCAGGGCUUCACUACCUCACAGGAUUUAACGCGCCACGGUAAGAUACACAUCGGUGGACCAAUGUUCACAUGCAUCGUUUGUUUUAAUGUAUUCGCCAACAAUGCCAGUCUGGAGCGGCAUAUGAAACGACAUUCAACCGAUAAGCCUUUCGCAUGCACGAUUUGCCAGAAGACUUUUGCACGCAAGGAGCACUUGGACAACCACUUUCGUUCGCAUACCGGCGAAACACCGUUCAGGUGCCAGUAUUGCGCUAAGACAUUCACACGCAAGGAGCACAUGGUAAAUCAUGUGCGGAAACACACGGGUGAGACGCCACAUCGUUGCGAUAUUUGUAAGAAGUCCUUCACGCGCAAGGAACAUUAUGUCAACCACUACAUGUGGCACACUGGUCAAACACCACAUCAGUGCGAUGUUUGCGGCAAAAAGUAUACACGCAAGGAACACCUUGCCAAUCAUAUGCGUUCACACACUAAUGACACACCAUUCAGAUGCGAAAUUUGCGGCAAGAGCUUCAGUCGCAAGGAGCACUUCACCAAUCACAUUCUCUGGCACACAGCUCAAUCCACAGGCGAAACUCCCCAUCGUUGCGAUUUUUGUUCGAAGACAUUUACGCGCAAGGAACAUUUGUUAAAUCAUGUACGCCAACAUACGGGUGAAUCGCCUCAUCGCUGCACUUAUUGCUUAAAAACGUUUACACGUAAGGAACACCUAGUGAACCACAUACGUCAGCACACCGGUGAAACGCCUUUCAAAUGCACCUACUGCACGAAGGCAUUCACCCGCAAAGAUCACAUGGUAAAUCAUAUUAGGCAACAUACCGGCGAGUCGCCGCACAAGUGCACAUACUGCACAAAGACAUUCACACGCAAGGAGCACCUUGUGAAUCAUGUGCGUCAGCAUACUGGGGAAUCUCCACAUCGUUGCAGCUACUGUAAGAAGACCUUCACACGCAAGGAGCAUUUGACAAACCAUGUGCGCCUUCAUACCGGUGAUUCGCCGCACAAAUGCGAAUACUGUCAGAAGACAUUCACGCGUAAGGAGCAUCUAAACAAUCAUAUGCGUCAGCACUCCAGUGACAAUCCGCAUUGUUGCAAUGUCUGCAACAAGCCAUUCACACGAAAAGAGCAUCUCAUAAAUCACAUGUCCCGUUGCCACACAGGUGAUCGGCCCUUUGCUUGUGAAACUUGUGGUAAAUCGUUUCCACUCAAAGGAAAUCUGCUGUUCCAUCAACGCAGUCACACAAAAGGUCAGGAAUGCGAACGUCCGUUUUCGUGUGAAAAAUGUCCCAAGAACUUUAUAUGCAAGGGUCAUCUUGUGUCGCAUAUGCGUUCACACUCAGGUGAAAAGCCACACGCCUGUACUUUAUGUAGCAAGGCUUUCGUUGAACGUGGCAAUUUGAAGCGUCACAUGAAGAUGAACCAUCCCGAUGCGGUGAUGCCACCACCGCCACAGCCUCAUCCACAAAUCCCAGCCGGUAUAUUGACAGCGGUCAAAGAGGAAAUCAAACCAAUAUUCCUUCCCCAUCAAACCCCAACGAUGCACACUAUUCAACAAAUUACAUCGGGUGCUGCAGCAGCUAAUGCCGUACAGUUGGCGCCCAGUCUUGUACCGUUGGUUACCUCGACGAUAACAUCGCACAACAGCCAGAAACCUCAGCAACAACAGCAGCAACAGCAGGCACAUCAGCAACAUCAACAACAAGUGCAACAACAACAGCAGCAUCAACAACAACAACAACAACAACAACAGCAGCAACAGCAACAACUGCAACAACAACAAUUGCUACAAUUGUCCAUACAACAUCAGCAGCAACAACAGGAACAACAUCGCCAACAUCAGCAACAACAACAGCAAGGACACCACCAACAAUCGCAGGCGCAGGCGCAGGCACAACAGCAAGCACAUGCGCCGCAACCGCAGCCCCAACAACCGCCUUCGGUACCUAUCGCGCUAAUACAAACCGAUCCAAGCGUAUUGGCAAGGGCAGCCAUGCAAUUGCAGCACCUGCCAGCCAAUGUCGAGCAACAUCCGGUGGUUUACUAACAGCAGCAUGAUUUCGCACAUUGGUGAGGCGCGUUGACGGCAGCGUUCAACAAUAACAACAGCGCUGAUGAAAUCGGCGAUGGCGGUGGAACGGUGCUGAGAUAAAUGCGCGCAAGGCUGCAGCUGCUACAGCGAUUCCGACGGCGACUGGUGCUUUGGUGACGCAGACGAGACUAGAAGUUUGCGAAAUUGUGGGAAGUUGAAUUUGACGUCAAAGCUGCAGAAACUUUGGACCAGUUUCAAAAAUAAAGAGAGAAAAAUACGUUUGGAUAUAUGCAUGUACUUUUAGGUUGAUAUAUUUAAAUAACUAUUUUAUCACUGCUGCACUAUUGCACGUGAAAAUUAGUUAAUGCAACAAUAUGUAACUAACAAAAAAACUUUAAACGGCGUUAUUGGAGUAUAAUUUUAAUCAACAAAACGAUGUUUGAAAAUGAUGCAAACUUUCUAAAAUUGUAUGACACUUUAAAUUCGUCACGCUGUUUGCGGCUUAGCGUAAGUCUGGCAUGGUGCGAACAUAACUUUUACUUUUUUGCUGUUUUACUCUUUCACUUGUAUGUAGUUAUAUGCGAAUAGCCAAAGUCUAUGGAAACUCUAUUUUGAAGCUUUACAUUUUCAGCUUUACUCUUUUUUUCAAUUAGAUACUUUGUAUUCAAAGUUUCGAGUGGUAGUACUGUGCAAUAAAAGAGUUUUUCAAACCUCUACUUCUAAAGUAGUGGCUCUUUAUUUUAUGUAACCAGUGUAUUUCCAUGUACGCAUACAUCCUCUAGAGUUAUGCUAAGAAGCCAACAGCGAUCGAGAGUAAAAACGAUUGGUAGGUGGCAAAUUUGUUUGAAAAUCGGCACUGAAGUUGAAGAGCCAAAAAAAGAAAUUUAGAAAAUCGUAAAUUACAAGCUUUAAAACUUUAUUUUUGUUAUUGUAAUGGAUUAAUAAUUAUUUUGUUAUCGAAAAUUGUAGGCUAAAGUUGAACACUGAAGGCCAUAGACCGCUUUCUGAACAUUCAUUAGCAAUAAUCUUAAAGUGCUCAGAUUAUAUCUAUUUCGUGCCAUUUCUUUACAUAUGCAUAUAUGUAUGUAUGUAGGAAUUAACAUUUAUUAAGAAGUAUUUCAAAAAUAUUUUAAAAUUGUUUUCUGCCACCUACAAAAAAUUUGUCCGUUAUCAUUUCGUGGAAUUCAAUCGCUUUUGCCCUUAAGUUAUUCGGCCCUAUGCUGAAUAUCGUCAUCGUCAGUAAAAGUGAUGAUAAGGCAAUCGUCAGCCGUAUUACCGAUGCGCUGACGAUCGUCGACGAUGACGAUAUUCAGCAUAGGGCCGAUUAUUUUUUAUUCGACUCUGUUAGUUUUUCCUUACUUUUUGCAGCUAAGGUGGUUGGAACACUUGUAAGACAGUCAUUCUUAAUCUACAUAUUACAUAUAUGUGUUAAACGUAGUUAACCUUAAAGAGGUACGCUGUAUUAUUCGCAUUUUAGAAAUAACUAAAAUUAAGUGGCUCCGAAGAGAAAAUAAUAGCAAAGAAAAAAAUCUAAUGAAAUGUGUAUUUCAUUUUAAUUGAAGUUUAAUCGAGAAGGAAAAGGCAUAUAUGAGUAAAUUAUUUACAUGAGUAGAAGUAUGGCUUUAAGCGUAGAAUAUGCAAAAAAAAACUAAUAUUAAGCGACUAAAUUCGGUAUUAUUUUUGAUGAAAUGUGAAGGAUAAAUAACAAAAUUGACUAAAUGUUAAAUAACAAGAAAAUAAAAAAGUAAGAAAACAAGACCAACACGAGAAAUUGGGAAAAUUCCAAAUUUAAACUUAAACAGACACUGAAACAUAUGUAUGUUGAAAAUAAGUAAGCAGCAAUACCAAGCAAAUAUUCAAUGAAAAGUCUAAAAAGUAAAAGCCUAUGCAAAAGUUUUAAAACGACAACUUAGUGAACAUGAAGAAAUAAGAAAAUCAUUCAAUUAGUUUAUACAAAACAUAUGUGCAUAUAUAUUAUUACUGGCGGCAUUACUAAUAAAAUGAAUGCACUAAGGCACAAGCAUACACAAAUACACCAUAUGCAGUAGCAUAUAAAUAUAACGAAAUAUAGCAUACAUACAAAAAUGUAUAAAAAAUUUUAAAAGUGACAGAUGUGAGAAGAUAUGUGAAAUUGAAUGUGGUACAUGUAUGUAUAUUAGCGACUAAAAUUGUAUUGUUUACAAUAUAUUUUUUUUUGCGAAAAAUAGUUAUUGGAAAUUUUAUUUCAAAAGGUCAUUUCUUCUCGGUUAGGGUUAUUUCACGUAAGGUAAUGAUUUCUUUAACACUCUACCCCGAUAAAAUAUUGGUAUUUCAUUAUUGUUCACAAUCAUCUAAUAACUUUUGCAUAACAAAUUUGUAUACUAACAAGAUUUUUUAAACACAUUGACACACCAUUUACAUACAUGCCUAACUACUACGACAUCUUCAUAUACAUCCACAAUUAUUUAUCAACUACAUAUAUAUAUACAGCGCAACAUACAGAUAUACUAUAAUCAACCGUAAAAGUAGUAUACAUAUAAAGAGCCUCACUAACCAGAGACGUGAACCGGUUUUGAACCGGAAAACCGCUUUUUUUCUAUUAAUUAACUGAACCGAACCGAAAUUUUCCACAAAUGUUUAAUCCGAACAGAAAACUGAACCACUUUUCAUAAAGGUUUAAAGGUUCGUUUCAACCAAUUUUCAAUAGAUAAAUUUAAUUGCUUUUUUUCUUUUCGUUAAAUAUUGUAAUGCAUACCAUGUUUGUUUACCAUGUGGCAAUAUCAAAUAUAAAGGCAACCCUUCUCAUUUAACAGACAUUUGAAAUUUAACCUUGUACGUGUUGCACUUGACACUUUACACUUAAACUUGCGCGUUAUUUUUUCAUUUCCGAACCGUUGAAAAGAACCAAAACCCCGGUUCAAAGACCAAAAAACGCUUCUCGAGCCAAUCCAAAAGUGCAAAACCGGUUCGAACCGCUGAACCGAACCGAUCAAAUUUUUCAUCCGGUUCAUGUCCCUGUGUAUAACACUAAUUAUUAAUAUUAACUGUUUACGCUUUAAUUUAAAAUUAAUCAAUACGCAUAAAUUAAUGGUACCAUUACGGUUAGUUAUUAAUAAGGGUGGUUACGGUUGAAGAUACGUUGGGGAGAAAAAAGCGUAGCAAAAACAAAACACCAACAACAUUUUUGUGUAGAACUGCAAGCAAAUUCUUACAUAUACUACAUACAUACAUACUCGUAUAUACUAAUAAACGCAGGUAAAACAUAAAA